AUGAAUUAUUUAAGUUGCAAAAUUCACAACAUAUGCAAGAAGUGCAAGAAGUGCAAGAAGUGCAAGAAGUGCAAGAAGUGCAAGAAGUGCAAGAAGUGCAAGAAGUGCAAGAAGUGCAAGAAGUGCAAGAAGUGCAAGAAGUGCAAGAAGUGCAAGAAGUGCAAGAAGUGCAAGAAGUGCAAGAAGUGCAAGAAGUGCAAGAAGUGCAAGAAGUGCAAGAAGUGCAAGAAGUGCAAGAAGUGCAAGAAGUGCAAGAAGUGCAAGAAGUGCAAGAAGUGCAAAUUCAAAAUUCGCAACAUCUACAAACACGUUUACAAAAAAUCAAUGGGUCUUUAA